CGCCCAACCAGGACUUUACCCUGUUACCACUCUGCCACUCCGACCCUUCCCUGCCUUGGCCUCAAAACAAGGCACCUUCCGGCCUAUAAAUCAACACCACCCACCCUGUCGCUGGUCCUUGCACCCUCCUGUCAUCAUGUCGAACCCCACGCCGGCCCAAGAGGAAUUUGCUGCCUUUCUCGACAAGAAUAACCGCUCCGACCUUGACGGAAUCCACCCCGAGGACCGCAACACUACGUCUGACGGCGAACGAAGCGAGGACGAGGAAGACCGCUACCGGGAAUCACAGAUCGACGCCGCCAUGCGGAUGCCCACCAGGGAUUCCCAGUCGGAGGUCAGGCUGCCCCCAGCCGAGUUCGACAGAGGCCGCUCGACCGGCGUGAAGGGCGUCAUUGCCGAUGCCAGAUCGUACGAAACUGCCCGGCAGUCGAAGUGGAAGGAGAGAGCGCGGGCCGCCCGCCGUAGCGUAUUCGGCCUGGACAGUGGCCGCCAGGCCCAGAGCAGCGAGCCAGAUAGCGACGCCAGCGGCGCCGAGGACCCCAACGAGGCCGCCUUUCUAGAACAGUGGCGCGAGAGCCGGAGGCGCGAGCUCGAGGAGGAAAGCAGAAACCCCGUCCGGAACCGGAGGACGAGCCCGAGCAUCAGGCUCUACGGACGCUUCGACGAUGUCGAUGCCCUCGGCUACCUGGACGCGAUAGAGAAGGUUGGGAGGGACACGGUAGUUGUCGUCUUUGUUUACGACCACGAGUGCGACGUAUCCGCAGCCAUCGAGUCUGCGCUCAUCCCCCUUGUCACCACCUACCGCGCCGUCCACUUCGUCAAAGUACACUACGAAGAUGUCGAGUUCGACAAUGCUGGCGUGCCGGCAAUUCUCGCAUACCGAAACCAGGGCGAUCUAAUCGCCAACCUAACUGGUAUUCUGGAGAUGAUUCCUGACGAUGCCGACUUCGACACCGACUCCCUCAAAAAGCUCUUCAUCAAGAAGGGCAUCCUAUAACCGGUUUUCAGACGGUUUUUUUUUGAGUUUCUGAUCGGUAGCGUUUGCCCCUUUAAAGCGGAUGACCGAUCCGGUUAUGUUUG